UUUGUGCACAAAACAAUAGAUAGCCGACUGAACUUUGUGUUGUUUGUUUGUUUGUUUCAUUGUGAAAGAAUUUGAUUUAUAAUCUUGCAUUUACGCAACAGUAAACAAUUUGAUUAUAAAAUGAAACGGCAUUAUGAAGAUAGGAACUGGGAAGCAUCCGAAUGGCAAACUUCUUUAAUAUGGUUGCAGUCCUCAGCCAUGCGCCAUCUGGAACAUGAGUUGUAUAAUUAAUAUAGUUUACUGUGGGUAUGCUGGGUGAUUUUGGAAUUGCUCUGGGGACAAUUGUGUGGAGAGCUUGUUUGGUGCUUGAAUUGUACAAGCUUGAUUAGUGUUGAUUCCUUUCCUGCGUAAAUACAGCUCCAAAUGGUUUUGCGAAAUCAGGUAAUUUGAUUUUGUAUAGACACCUUGGCCUCAUGUGUAUUUUCAUGUUGGUAGCCUGCUUGUAUUGUUAACACACGUUAAACAUUACAUGGAGAUAAAAACGAAAUGUUAAGGCCAAAGAAGCGUUGCUUCUGUAGAAAACAGCUUGAAAAGUUAUCCAGAAAAACAAAUGGCUCCCCAUAAUUUUUAACCAAAUACGUCAGAAGUGUGGGCAUUGAAGAGAGGGGUAAAGUGUGGAUGUGCAACAUUUUGCUUGUCUGGUCACAGCUAUGGUUAGGCUAAAGUCACCAGACAGUAUGGCACAGACAGUUUGCGGAUGAUGAGCAGAUGCGUUUCGUUAACGCGCCAUACCCCGAGCGAGCCCAGUCCCCACACAAUAGACCUCCACUCCUCUCUGGACUGACUGUUGCGCACUCCUCCCCUCCUCCAGGCCUUCAGGUGCUGGCAACCGCCUCACACUACUGGCCUCUGGAUGCGGUGGACGGAAUCCCGGAGCUUUUGGACAAGUUUGGGAACAGAACAGGUCAUGUUAAUGGAAAUAAUAUAACUGUCAGAAUCCACAACCACACUGUGCUGUCCACUUCUCAUAACACUUCCUCUGUGUAUGCCAAUGACUCUGCCUACACUAACCUUUCUGCAACAGUAGACAUUGUAGAAGGUAUGGUGAACAAGGGCAUCUACCUGAACGGUGACCAAGGAGGAACUUUUCUGCACUUUGGCAACUACAAGAACUCCUGCAUCAGCGAUCCGAUGCUCUGUGGACCUGAAGGAAUUACAUUUUCUUUCUUCUGGAAGAACCAAGAGGUGGAGUCCCGUUUCAGCAUUUCCUCGGGGGGCAAAAUCAUGUCCAAUGGCUUCUCUGUCUACACCAACCCCAAUGGAGGCUACGUGGAGUUCUACACCAGGGGCAACUCCCGAAGGUGGAGGGCCAAGAUUGAACUACCAGGUCCCUUCUGGACCCAUAUUCUCUUCACCUGGACGCUGAAAGACGGUCUGAGCGUGUACAUCAACGGCACGUUCAGUGUCAACGACCCCAAGGGAAACUUCUCCCAGAACUACGGCGAUGCCUUCCCCGACCUGGUCAUCGGCACAGGGAACGGCUACCCUUCCAGGGGUCCCUACGCCACUGGAGCCUUCGACGAGUUUGUCAUUUGGGAGAGAGCCCUGUCCGCCGAAGAAAUCAACCUGUACUACAAAGCAGCCGCCGGUCUGAGCGUGCCCUCUCCCACGUCAACUCCUCUUCCUUUCAUCGUGCCAUCAACAACACAGCCUGCACAGUAUGUCUCUGAGGAAACCACUCCCGAGUCUGGCCAGCCUGAAGCCUCCAGCGUGAGCUACCUGACGGAGGCCAUCUACCCUUCUCAGAGCCCCAUGCUUAGGCUCCUGCCCAACGUCACCCUGCCCGAGAAGACAGUCCCCAGCCACAUGGCCGACAACUUCACCCAGACCUUCCUCAAGAAUGUGGAAGAGAUCCUUAACGCCACCGCCACCGGUAUAGGCCCGGACCAAUCAGAAGAUGAGACGGGUCAACUGGUGAAUGAGAUGAUAGAGACGGUGGAUAAGGUCAUAGGUCAUCUGACCAGCAACCUGGAGAUCAAGUCGCCCAAGUCGCCCGUCACCAUCCGGGGGAAGUCCCAUGUGGCAGAUUACUCCCUGAUGAAGAUUCCUCAGAACUGCAACAUACCAAGCUACCGCUUCCCCACCCAGGGCAAGAACUACAUCUCUGUUCCCGGAGAGGCCUUGAGCAUGCAGUCCCAGACCACCAUUGUUGGCCUCUUCUACCACAACAUGCAUAACUACUAUAAGGAGAUCAGCCCCCUGAAAACCAGGAUCAACGAGGCGUCGGAUUUCAAGGAGCACAAGAUCCAGGUGGCCAGUCACCUAAUUUCUCUCAAAGUGGAACCCUCCCCUGCCCUGUCCUUCAACCUCUCCAAGGAACCCCUCAUAAAGAUCGUGCUUACACAUCAGCUGAGCAAAGAGCAACAGAUGCAGGCCAUGAACAAGACCAACAAGGUGAACCUGUACUGUGCCUUCCUGGACUACAGCUCUAAAGAAGGUAUCUGGUCCAAUGAGGGAUGUGUUCGCUCCGGCGGGAACCUGUCCUACUCCGUGUGCCUGUGCAACCACCUGACCAACUUUGCCAUCCUCAUGCAGGUCGUGCCCAUGGAGCUGUCCAAAGCCCACCAGGUGGCGCUUUCUACUAUCAGCUACAUCGGCUGCUCCAUCUCCAUCUUCUGUCUGGCCAUUACGCUGGUGACCUUCGCCAUACUUUCGUCUGUGAGCACCAUCCGUAACCAGCGCUACCACAUCCAUGCCAACCUGUCCUUCGCCAUCCUGGUGGCACAGAUCCUCCUCCUCAUCAGCUUCCGCUUUGAGACGGGCACGCUUCCCUGUAAGGUGAUGGCGGUGCUCCUCCACUUCUUCUUCCUAAGUGCCUUUGCCUGGAUGCUGGUGGAGGGGCUGCACCUCUACAGCAUGGUGGUCAAGGUCUUCGGUUCUGAGGGAAGCAAGCACGUCUACUACUACGGCAUCGGCUGGGGAUCUCCUCUGGUGAUCUGUGUGGUAUCGGUGACCUCAGCUCUAGGCAGUUAUGGAGAAGAGGGCAAUUGCUGGCUGUCUCUGAAGAAUGGAGCUAUCUGGGCUUUCGUGGCACCCGCUUUGUUUGUCAUCAUGGUGAACAUUGGCAUUCUUAUCGCGGUGACCAGGAUAAUUUCAAGAAUAAGCGCUGAAAACUACAAAGUACAUGGGGACGCUAAUGCUGUCAAACUGACGGCUAAGGCUGUUGCUGUGCUGCUGCCCAUCCUGGGGAUCUCCUGGAUCUUCGGGGUGUUGGCCAUCAAUGACCAUUCCCUGCUCUUCCAGUACUUGUUUGCAGUCUUCAACUCCCUACAGGGUUUCUUCAUAUUCCUCUUCCAUUGUCUACUCAACUCAGAGGUAAGAGCUGCCUUCAAGCACAAGACCAAAGUGUGGACCCUCACCAGCAGCUCCAUACGCAACAUCAACGUCAAGCCCUUCAACUCUGACGUGAUAAAUGGACCCAAGGGAGAUAUGAGCCCGACCAAGAUGAACACAUGGGACAAAAGCACCAAUUCAGCCAAUCGCAUGGACCUGUCUGCUGUAUAGGAACCAAUAGCUGCUCUGCAUCUGCUCAGGAGGGGAGAUCGGAGGAGUACGACAACACUACAUAAGCAUCUUCUGUGCCUCAUGGCGAAAACACUGGCUCUUUUCUAAGCUUCCUCAAAAAGAUGAUUUAAUGAGAAAAUAAUGCAUCACGAGUUUUCGAGAACAUUUUCCUGUCUAUGAAUAAUUACGGUAGGUAUGAUGCGUUACGCUUGUCAACAAAAGGAUUGGAGUCCACACGUCUCCAAAAAAGUUUAUAGAAUGUUAGAGACGCUAAUUGUGUGGCUGGCUGAUCCAUCUUUUUCAAAGAGCCAGCCAUAUUUCUUCCCGCGAAUCCUCCCUCCCAACAUUCAGCAGUGUAUCUGGACAGCGUUAUAUGAACGGGUAGUGGUGACAGCCUCAGCUCUGACUCAACAGUUUGUGAAGACACCCCCCCCCAUCCUCUUCCUCUUUCCUCUCCUGCUGAGUUAUCUGACGACCCUCCUGCUAGCCUGUUCAAGACCCUGGAUAGGGGGGGAGGCAAAGACAAUGGCUGGAUCCUAGCGGCCCAACACACUGUCACUUGCUGAAAUGAACUCGCUCACACCAUUUUGUUUUCAACGUUGAACCCCAAACAUCACACCAGGGGGACUGAACACUUUUUAUAUAUUUUAUUUGUGACAGACGCACCCAUGAGGUGUUCACCAAAGACACUAACGUACGUCACCACAUUUCAACACCUGCCGAUUUGUCACCAGUCACUUCUACAGUAUCGGAUGAGUUGCUGGACGUGACACUGAGAAGUUGUAUUAUAACAUGGAACUGCAAAAAAGGAAAAAAUCUCUUGGAGUGUUCUUGGAGUGCACUUUGGGAGUGUUCUGUUCCUCAGAUAACACGUUUUCAAGAAAUGACCCUUGCUUUGAUGCUAGUUUGUGAAACUGUCUGUGCUAUACCCAUGCAAACACAUAGUGCUGCUUAGUUGUUCUGUAUCUGUAGGCUCAACCUUUGCAGCCUAAAUGUAACUGUCUGUCGCCAUAAAGGUUAGCCUUUCUUCAUGCAAGAAAUAAAUAUUUGACCAAAAUAAUAAGCAAAUUCCAUCCUGGUAACUGUUAGAUUUAGGCUUUUAGAAUUUACAUUCACAAAAGUUAAAAUCAUGAGCAAAAGCCGACAAACCUUAUCAACGUCUACUGUCAAUCGAAAUUGUACUGACUCUGUUAGCUCUGGUGGUGUACAACAGUGGUUCCCAACCUUUUUCUUCAGGGGCCCAUAUUUUUACUGUUGUAAGCUUUGGUGACCAAACCGCGCGCGAGUGCCCUUACGAGAGGGAGUAACAUGAUAAGCUGUUUCCUGCGAAAACUCAUUUUAGUUAUUUUAUUCGUCUUCGGUCAAAUAUAGAGUGAAUGUAUAAUGUAGCACUUACAUUUGGAUGCUUCUAUGCAUAUAUUAGUUUAGAUGCUUAGUAAUUUAUUCAACAUGGGCUAUAUAUGGUAAUACAAUUAAACCCCUUAAAAUCAAGAGGGCUUCGCGACCCUCUGUGGAUCUUUGGCGACCCAUAGGUUGGGUCCCGACCCAUAGGUUGGGUCCCGACCCAUAGGUUGGGAACCACUGGUGUACAACAUAAACCGGCAGUAAGACACAGGUAGAAUCAACUCGCUCAGAAAUCAACAUUACUCAAGUAAAACAGAUGUGACGCAACACCUUUGCUACUAGUCAGGUCAAGAGCAAUGCAAGUACUUUCUGAGCUCCCAAAAAUCGGGAACUCCUCCCAAUGGAAGCAAGCAACCAUUAGCAAACCAAGGGAGGCAGGUCAACCAUGCCGUAUUGGAAAGGUUAAUUGUUAUGCUCUUGGUCAGACCACGUCUCGAAGAGAUUUGAAAGUAACAAUCAGGCUAGUAAAACAGGUCCUAUUUGGAGUACACAGUAUAGGCUGCUUGUCUGCCCUAUAUUGAUGAGACUGAUCAUAUAACCUACAGUAGCACUGGUGAAUUGUAUUAAAAAAUGCCAAACCAGAAAACACACACUUUCCCAGAAGUUUUUCAAAGCAGUUUUGUACAAGACUAUGUACAGUGUAUGCACAGUUGUAAAACAACAAAGCUUACUGUCUUCAACCAGGUAUGCUGGCCAAUUUUUUGCUUUGACUCCCUUUUCAAUGUUUUGGCCUGGUGUGAGCCAUAAUGAUGGCAAAGGUCAUAGAGUAAAGUAGAGUAGAGUAGAGUAAAGUAGAGUAGAGUAGAGUUCCUUUCAAAGGGAAAUGAAGGUGUCCAGCAGUCUACACAUAAUUAACAAUCCAAUCAACCCGUAACGUUUCUCACAUGAAUCUACUUAAAUUAAACUUUAAAUGUAGAAGUACAAGUCGGUGAGAUCAACAGUAUUACUUCUGCACAUUUCUUUCAUUUGCAGAAGUGCGUUUUCACUAUCUUUGUGCAUUUCAUGUCGAUUCAUCUGUCACAGUACAGCACUGAUUUGCACUUGUAUGAUGUAUCUGAAUGUGUACUGUUUCCCCUACCGUAAAUGCCUUCUCCCUAGAGAACAAUUACCAUUUUAGCCUUGCUAGCCUUGUAAGCCUUAUCACAAGCAUUGUCAUCCAAGCUCAAACUGGUACUAUUCUGUAACACAGUUCCUUCUGACGCAGAAUUCUUCCAUGUGUGGCUGUGCCCAACAAGCCUUCCUAACUGUGCUCCAGCCUAACUGUGCUCCUUCCUAACUGUGCCUAACUGUGUUUCCAAGUAUUGUUGCUCCACAAGUGUGCUCUUUGGGGAAAUCAACAGACCCCCUGUCGUGACUACAUAGCUCUCACUGUACAAUGGCAAGAGCUUGUACUAUAGGUCUGUCAGUAAAUCUUCCGAGAGGAGAGGUGUCACAUACUACGUCACAUGUAAGUACCUCAUCUGUCUGUGACCUGCAGUAUUUCACACUCUCCUGUCAUAACUGAACUUCCAAUGUGAGUCACAUACCUUCUGUGAAUCGAUUUUGUUGUUGUGGUUGUUUGAUAUAAUGUUAUUUGUCCUCCUGAGUUGUAGGUAUUGUUAUAGUAUCUCAAAAGAUUUAGAUUUUGUGUUUGAGUCUUCCAUAGAUGAUAUGGGAUUUAAUUCAAGUCCUACACACUUAUGGUAUAUACAAUUUCUCUUGUUGUGAUCAAAUGCUGUUUCAAACCAAUGCUUUUUUGCGGUAGUAAAUUCUCAAUUACUAUUUUAUUCCGUUGUGGGGCUGUACUGUACAGUUUUUAAAGGAGUUGCAUUCUCAUCUUUUUAGUAUGUCAAAAAAUAACUAUGAGCUCCCACAAGCUUGUACAUUUGUUUUUAGCACUGUUUGUGACCAAUAUUAUCUGUAUUGCCUUAUUUUAAAUAAAU